UGGAAGUAUAAAAGAAAUCAUUUCCAUUAGUAAAGUUGAAGACUGAAGUUUGAAAGUUUUUAUUCAGAAUGAAAAUUGUAAUCGUUUGCGUUUUGCUUAUCUUUAUAAGCUUGGAUACUGUGAAAGCUGGUGGAGAUCCUACACGAAUUUGCCUCCUUCCACAAGUCGUAGGACCAUGUGAAGCUCUCAUCCCAAGAUGGCACUACGAUCCCACUACUCAAAUAUGUAGUCAAUUCAACUAUGGAGGAUGUGAUGGAAAUGCAAACAACUUCAUGACAGAAGAAGAAUGUUAUGAAACGUGUUGCACUGAUUUUUUUGAAGGAUCUUCGAUGACACCACCAUAAAUACAAUUUUUCUUAUUCUACCUUCAUGAUUAGCGAGUGUAAUUGAUUCUACUCUGCUUGUUAAACUGAACAAUAAAAUCUUUCAGUUUUAUUCUGUAAUUAAAAUUAUUUUAUCUUUUUGACAGGGUCA